AUGACUUCCAUAGGAACAGGCUACGAUCUUGCCAACUCCAUUUUCUCCCCCGAUGGCCGCAACUUCCAAGUCGAAUAUGCCGUCAAGGCAGUUGAAAACGGCAGCACCUCGAUCGGCAUCCGCUGCAAGGACGGCAUCGUGUUGGCGGCGGAGAAGGUUAUCACAUCCAAGCUGCUCAAGCAGGGCGCCAACAAGCGCAUUGCGACAGUCGACAGGCAUUUGGGCAUUGUAUACUCCGGCAUGAUCCCUGACGGUAGACACUUCGUGGACCGCGCCCGCGACGAGGCGCGCGGCUGGCGCGACAACUACAAGACGCCCAUCUCGACAAAAGACCUGGCCGGCCGCAUGGGCGGUUACAUGCAAGCCUACACGCUGUACCAAUCGGUGCGACCCUUCGGCAUCACGGCCAUCAUCGGCGGCUACGACAGCGAGCUCGAGACGCCCGUGGACGGCGAGGUCGGCAGCGGCCCAUCCGUCGGCGCCGGCGGCAAGGUGGAGGGCAAGAAGCACGGCGGUCCGUUCCUGUACAUGGUGGAGCCAUCGGGCCUCUACUGGGGCUACUACGGCGCCGCGACGGGCAAGGGCAGGCAGGCGGCCAAGGCGGAGCUCGAGAAGCUGGACCUCAGCGGCGACGGCGAGUCGACGGGCCUGACGCUCGAGGAGGCGGUCAAGGAGGCGGCGCGCAUCAUUUAUGUUGCCCACGACGACAACAAGGACAAGGAGUUCGAGCUCGAGAUGACGUGGAUCAGCGGGGCGGAUGGUCCCACGAAGGGUCGUCACCAGGAGGUGCCCGAGGCUUUGCGGAAGGAGGCGGAGAAGUAUGCGGAGCGCAUGACUGCGAAGGACGUUGAGGAGGAAGAGGAAACGAAAGAGGGCGGAGACAAGAUGGAGGAGUAA